AUGGCCACAGGCUCCAACGAGUACGGACUCGUCCGCGAUUCGUUUCCCAACAACAUCGCGCGAUCCAAGAAAGAACCUACCGAGUUUAGCGAAAUGUCGACACGCCAGGUGAAGCCGACCUCCCAGGAUGCCUUGUUCGAUUGGGCCACAGUCAUCGACGUCGCGUCUGGAGAUCCCUCUCGCUCCCAUGAGUUAGUGUACAAGACAGGUAGCGCCGACGCACGACAGCUCUCGUCUUUCAGCAGGGUCUCCAUUCGACUUUUCGGAGUAUUAGGACGUCAUAAUUUCCUUCAGUACGGCAACUGGAGUGGGGACGAACAUACCGCCCACAAGGCCACCUUCUUUGCUACCUUGGAGCCAGGUCCAUUCUCCACGCAGUACAAUGACCAGGUAGCGGCGGUGGAGGACGUCAAACGCUUAGUUUUUAAGCACCUCUCCGGAUUCCGAGAGAACCGCCGGCACGAAAAGCAAGACCUAUUUCUUCAGAGAAGGGUGUUUGAGAAGGUGGAUCGUUCUGGGGCGGCGCGCUCUUCGUUUAGACAAGAGGCUAUGCCUGCGAGCGACUCGAAACUCCAGGAGCUCUUCAAGAAAUGGCGGAUGGCGGAUGGCAUCCAGUUCGGCCGCAAGACGGAUGCCGGCAGUAUCGUUGCGUGUGAUCCACUUAUCUUCAACGAUGGCGAUUUCGUUGACAUACAAGCGACGUUCGAGAUAAUCACCACAUCCAGGAGAGACAGGCAACCUGUCGGCGCAGCGUCGAAGACUGUAACGGUCCAUAUUUCUCCGUCACAAAUCGUUCGCCUGAUGAAGGGAGAGGAGCUGGCGAAGAUAACGGGGCCGCUGUCAAAACCAACCGCGAUCCCUGCUCGUCCGGCCGUCGUCGCAGAAGAGAAGUUGAAGUUUGAUGAAGAGAAUGUCUUCGGAGACCCAGCGGUAUCGCCAUCGAACGUGGAAUGA